AGAGUAACGUCAAAUACAUUCCUUGUGCAGCCUUUGGUUUCGAUCAAGCUUCCUUUGUGAUCCUUUUCAAAAAAUGGAGCAACCUUCGAUCUCUUCUGCCACUGGAAGUAACAUCAGUGAUGUCGUCGUACAAGAUCCUGAUCGAAACGGCUCGAUCCAGAAGGAAAGCUAUUCUUUGGUAAUUGUGCUCAAAUCCCUAGUGUUGGCUAACGUGGAAAACGAUGACCCACGGACGCUGGACAUAAGCUUGCUACUUGGUGAAACCGAAGCCAAACUCAAUGGAACUCUAGCUGACUUUAAUGGGCAACGCCAUGGCACGGCUAUUAGCGUUCCUACGUCGAAUUCUGAAGAGUUCAAACGGUAUCUGACCAGUCAUGAAUUGCUCAUAACAAUCGGAACCGACUUGGAAGUACUAGGCCAAACUAACAUCCCGCUAGCUGCUACCAAUCUUGCCUCGUUUGAUCCCCCUGCAUUUGAACCAAUUAUCAUCAAUGAUGCCUUUCCGAUUAUUCAUGAGUCCCAACCUAUCGGAAAAAUAGAUCUAGCCUUAAAAACCGAUCGUACCAAAUCACCCCCGAAACCGGAUGGGCCCAAAGAUGGACCGGAAGAAGAGGACAGCAUGCUGUACAUCGUGAACGAUGCUUCUCCCCGUCAGUCCAAUGAGUUCCAGGACGAUAUCAUGAGACAGCUACUCACAUGUAAGAAGUGUAAUGCGCUCAGAAGUCCCAGUGAAAUGAGCUACCAAUACGAACUGAUUGAUGGGAUUCUGGUGAAUAAGGAAUAUCCGAGAAAAGAUCCCGAUUUGGAAACCAUGAAGAGGAAGAUUGAACAAAUUGAAUGGGAAGCCAAGUUGUAUCCGGUUGGUAAGGAGCAACCACCACCGAAGGAACCUGCUCAUCAUCGUUUUUGCGAUGGUUGUGGCGGUUAUUCAAUUACCGGUGCCACGUGUACCAAUCGGAUGCAAGCUGUUGACGUUCCACUGUCGGAGGCUCAGUUUCGAUAUCCGGAAGGAUCAGCGAAGCGUUUCAGUACAAUUGCUGCUAUGGGAAUGUCAGAAAACGUGGCACGAAUUUCUGAACCAAAUUUUUCCUCUUCCAGGGCCACAGAAACGAGAUUCACUCAUGAUCGAUCGGAAAGCUUACCAUUGCAUCCUAUUCAGCAACGAACAACCAGUAUUCUUUGUCCAAAGUCCGUUGGUCAUAGGUUUUGUAAUCAUUGCGGCCUCAAUAUGGAUUGGCUACCUCUUCACAGUGGCUGCCCUAAGUGUGGCUUCAAGAAUCCUGCAACAUGUCAUAACGAUGCACCUUCAACUUUACAUGAAACCACUCCCAACCGCCUCAACUCAUGGAUGGGAAGCUUGGAACUUCCAGAGCCUCAACUACAGCGUCCUUCCACGGGUACCCUUCGAUCGACUUCACUAAACGAAAUGAUGAAACCUUGUCCUAUAUGUCGGCUACGUGGUGGAUGUUGCCCGGACUGUAAAAAACGAGCAUCUACGGCUCAAAACCACCGAGAUCCAAACUCCACCACCCAAUCGUCAACUUCUGACUCCGAAAUGCAUCCUCGGCGCGUUAUGGAAAGGCCCAAAACAAGACCAUCUCUUCGCGAUAGAUUUAAUAUAUUCCCUAAAAAAAUCGACAAAGCUACUAGGUUGUCUGAUCUUUACAAAGCCUACGGAGAUAAAGACACCAAUCCUCACGAAGUAUCGCAGCGACGGUCUACCAAAAGCUCGAUAGUUUCGCUCAACGUUGAAGAAAUCUUGAAAAAGACGGAUACCCAUAAAAGAAAAAUCACUUCAGGGGGUAUUCAAAGCGUUGAGCUGCGGAAAGUGCAGUCCAGUCGAGAAGCUGAUCGGAAUAACAAAACGGUUGAAAAGUGUGAUUCUCCCACUCAUGCGCAAAUUCGAAAAAAUCAACGCAGCUUGUUACAGCGAAUUAAGAAACAAAAUCGUGGAAAAUAUUCGUACCGCUAUGGACAACGAUAUCCAGGGAUUGUCAUUGGCCAUCGGGAGUGCAUCCAACAGGGAAGACAAGUGCCGCCUCACAUGGGAUGGAUGUGGAACGUUAAAACACUAGGAAUCAACAAAAUUCGUAAAGGAUGGCGACCUGGCGCAGUGAAAAAACCGAUCAAGGAGCUGAUGCAGCACUUUUUGGUUAGUUAUCCGCUGGACAACAUUCCGGUCAGCAAGAAAACAGGACGGAAUCUCAAAAUUCCUGCUGACGGUUCAGAACAUACGAAGCAGAAACCGACACUUCAAAUCGUGAAGAAGAAUGGAGAGUAUUGUAUUGUCAUGAACCCGUUGAAGGAUUCAGCUUCGUUAAAAACGGCUCAGGAUCCAUAUUUAAAUUGUGAGCCAAUACGGUUCAAACUGGCCAAAGACCCAAACGUAGGGAAAUUAUACCAACUCCGAAGUGCGCUAAAAGUGAAAGGAUUCACUAUGUGUGGCUGCUCGGAGCUAGAAUCGUGUGAGCAUAAAAGCGAGAAAGAAAAGAAACUGCUCCGGAAGGAGCUGCGAAAGUUGGCGAAAUGUUUGGGUCUUCCCAAGUCCACUGAGCUCAAAGAUGUCCCUAUUGAUAGUGAAUCUGAGCUGGACCUGGAGUUCACACCACCAUCUGCUAUGCUCAAAUCCGGACAGCGUAAGCCGGAUGUCGUAUGUACGGAAACUCAGUACUCGGUGGAUGACUACAAAGUACAGGUGCCAGCCGACAAGUUGAAAUGCAAACCUGGUCGAGAGGAUCCUAAUGACGUCGGCAAAGGCCUUAAAGGUAAAGGAGGACAAGUUAGGGAUAAAGCUGGCAAAGAUGGUAAAGGAGGAAAAGGAGGAAAGGAUGGAAAAGGACAGGGCAAAGGCGGUGCAGGCAGUGGUGUAGGAGCCGGCGCUGGCGGAAAAGCUAAAACUGGACCUAGUUCCAAAGCUGGAGUUGGAGGAGCAAAAGCAGGGGCCGCAGGAACAACAAACAAGUCGCAAAACAUCCACCGUCCGGAGGGAGGUCAAGUUUUAAUAAUGAAAGAUCUAUGCAGAAGACCAGAUGUUUGUGCUCCGAGUCAAAUUUGCCCACCGGUUGCCGCAGUUUGUGCGUAUCAGCCGAGCAAUGUUUGCUACCCGACCCAAUGUGCACCCACUGCUUGUUAUAACCCUUGUUAUAUUUGAUUCGAGUUGUUAUUUUAAAUCUUGUUGGAUAUAAAUCAUUUGAACCGC